AAAAAAAAAAAAAAAAAUUAAUCCUAAACGAUCCUGUCUCUGAGCAGAGCAGAGAUAUCUCUCCAACGAUUUGUCCAGUGCACUGCACGUACAAAAAUGGAUCCAGAGCAGACAUUCAUAAGGGUUCAAGAGAGGUUCUCUCAGAUGUUGACGCCUAAAGUUAGAGCUGCUUUGGAAUACAUCUAUCUUUUCAUUGCCAUCACUUUGUUUUGUGUUCUUGUUGUUAUGCACGCCAACUAUGUUCAACAGCCUGGAUGUUCGAGUGAACUCUCUGGAAUUGAGACGACCGAAGCCCAGCUUAUUCAAAUUAAGAUAACCAGUGCUGGCUUGUGGUUGCAAAACGGGUCUGAUUCUAAUGUUACUGAUUUUCCUAGUGUGGAAACUGCAACCACUACAGUAGAAGUAGCCAAUGUGGAUGAAGAUGAAUUGACAUUUUCAGCUUCAAAUUUUUGGUUGAAUUGGAUUGGUUCCAAUGCUCGGAAGGGCAAAUUGGCAUUGAAGUUCUGGAAGACUGAUAGUGAACUUGGUGAUCAAGCAGAAAGCUUUGGUAAUAGUCAAAGCUCUAGGUCAAGGGCUGAUGGUGCAGUUGUUAAAACUGAUAAGGAAGAGCUACGUAAUUUCCCUUUGUCAGGCAAGGAGACAAUUAAAGCUGCAAUCAUUAACUUUGGCAAAAAGUGGUACAGGCGUCUAUCUUUCUUUUGGAGACACACAAUGCAAAUAUUAGGAAGUUUCCAGAAGCUGUGGAAUAUAUCUGGGGUUCAUUUAAAUCUUGAUGUUCCAAAGUGGUUGCAAAUACUUUACUUGGACAGGAUAAACGCAUAUGCAGUGCAGUGGCUUGAAGAUAGAAGCAAAGUGUUUGAACCUACUUAUUUAUACACAAUGGAGAAGGGAUAUUUCUUGCUACCUGAAUCAGCGAGGUCUCAGCAUAACAUACGCACUGUUAAUAUUAGCAUAUCAGCUAGGCAUUCCUGCUUUGGAAACAGGUGGCAACAACUUCUCAUAAAUAGAUUUGUUGGAUAUGAUACUAUUUUGAUGAAUAGCUUACUGAACUCUCCUGGUCAAGGUUAUCUUUUUAAUUAUCAGACAAAGGAGUUCUAUAAUCUUAGUUAUGCUCACGAACCACCAGAAGGUCCUGCAAAGUUUGGAGAUUAUCUGGUGACAAAAUGUGGCGUGCUUAUGAUGUCAUUAUUUGUCUUUUUCACAACCACAAUGUCAGUUUCAUUUACGUUGAGAGAGACACAGACUCGCAUGCUGAAGUUUACAGUGCAGCUUCAACACCAUGCUCGGCAUCAGCUUCCGACAUUUCAGUUGAUCUUUGUGCAUGUAAUUGAAUCCCUUGUCUUUGUACCGAUAAUGAUUGGUAUCCUCUUUUUCCUGUUCGAGUUUUAUGAUGACCAGCUGUUGGCUUUCAUGGUUUUGAUUCUUGUCUGGUUAUGUGAACUAUUUACACUGAUCAGCGUACGCACGCCAAUCUCAAUGAAGUUCUUCCCUCGCUUCUUUUUGCUCUACUUUCUGGUUUUCCACAUUUAUUUCUUCUCUUAUGCCUAUGGUUUUUCAUAUCUGGCCCUCUCUACAACUGCAGCAUUUAUGCAGCACCUCAUUCUAUACUUCUGGAACCGUUUUGAGGUGCCAGCUCUGCAAAGAUUCAUGCAAAAUCGCCGGUCUCAGCUUCAGCAACAUCCAGACUUCCAAAUUACCUCCUCUACCAUUCUUGCAUCGACAUUACAUAUCACAAGAUUGAACACAAGGAACCCAGGCCCACCUAACACAGACAUGGCCUCUGGGCAAGGCUGGAGACCUGGACCCGACCAAGCCAUGCCGGCCAAUCGGGCAGAAGCUCCUGGACCAGAACGAUCAGAAAACGAUAGUACAGAUAGGGUUGGUAACACUACAGGGAUCCCAGGACAAACUGACCUCCGGCAAGGCGAAACUGGUCCCAACCCAGGGACCAUGAAUUCAUUUAGCUCACUAUUGUUAUGGAUCUUAGGAGGGGCUUCUGCCGAAGGCUUCAACUCGUUUCUUUCGAUGUUCAGAGAUGUUAGAGAGCAAGGGCAAGUUUACGCUGAGCCUCCAAGGCCUGAAAAUGGGGGAACUCAGAAUGUGCAAUAACAGAAAUGGAUUUUACAAUUUAAAAGGAAUCUAAAUGCUAAUUAGUUGUAUCUUUAUGUAUCUCUUAUAAACUUAUAGCGCCAGGCUUGAACACUUUUUGUAUAGAAAUUAUAUUUGAGAUAUGUU